AUGCUCAUUACUGAACCAUACAAGCCACCAACGGCGGGCUUGUCGCUGCUGCGCCGCUACUUUGAGAAGUAUCCCGAGGAUGCCCCAAAGGUCACCUUGUUCAUCAGGGCCUGCUUCGACCCGGUCAACCUUGUCCCCACAUGCACGCGUGACGGCGUGCGUGCCAGCUGGGACGAGUGCAACCAGAUACUCGGCGGCGUCAAGAAGAUUGACGUGUUUGAUCCCGCUCAUAUUGACCAGAAUGUUCCUGUCGAAGAGACGAUCGGUGCACUCGAGGAACUGCAGGAUGAAGGCAAGCAGUCUUGGUCUUCAUGGCACCCAUGCAAGAUCAGUGCGGUUGGCGUGUCUGAAGUGAGGGCCGAGACCAUCAGACGCGCAUCUGCAGUCACUCCAAUCAAGUACGCCGAGAUCGAGUUCUCGCUGUGGAGCACAGAGAUGCUCAGCAACGGUGUGGCUGCGGCGGCCAAGGAACGCAACGUCUCCCUGCUGACAUAUGCUCCUCUCGGCUACGGCUUCUUGAGCGGAGCCAUUAAGAAGCUCGAGGACAUUCCAAUAGGAGACAUCCGUCACAUGUUUGGUCGUUUUCAGCCCGAGCAUUUCGAAAAGAACUUGAAGCUUGUUGACGAGAUCCAAGCAUUCGCCAAAGCCAAAGGUGCCACCGCCGCCCAGGUCGCGCUGGCCUGGAUCCGAAAGCACUCCAACGCUGGAGACUGCGGCGUCAUCGUACCCAUUCCAGGAGCCACAGGGCCCGAUCGCGUGCUGGAGAACAGCAAGCUGGUUGAGCUAUCCACCAGGGAGAAGGAAGAGGUAGAUGGUAUACUCGCGCGUUUCGACGUGGCGGGCCAUCGGCAAAUUCCUGGCAUGGAGAACAAUCUGUGGACCAUUGGAAAUUCCGUCAAGACGACGCCGUCAGACAUGGCGUGA